UGAAGAUAUGAAGGAUAUAAAAAAAACGUAGAUAGUAAGACAAAAAAAUAGAGAGAAUGAACGAGAGAAAGAGACAGAGGAAAGAUAGAGAAAAAAAGAAAGAUAGACAGACAAAAAAUAGAGAGAUGGAGAUUGAGAGAAGGAGAGAGCAAGCGAGCGAGCGAGCGAGCGGGAGAGAGAGAGAGAGAGAGAGAGAGAGAAAGAGAGAAAAUGAGAGUGACAGAGAAAGAGAGCUAGGGAGAGAAAAACAAAGCAACUUUUUUAUUCCUCAUUACUCUCUAGAACGAAACGUAUUAGCUAAAGGGAGGAAGAGAGAAAUGUAGACUCGUUAAAUAAACAAACAGAACUUUACUGCACAAUCAUAACAAAUAUAAAGAUGUCUGACGUAUCUAAGCCAAGUAAAAGAAGCUCGUGUUCUCAUGUCGAUUGUAUUGGGUCAACAACUUGGGACGAUGUAGUCCGAAAGCUCGAAACCAAGGAGGGCUGUAAUGACUGCGAGGUCUCCGAUAUGAAUAUGUGGUUGUGUUUAAGCUGUUUAUACGUAGGUUGCGGAGAAUCUAAUAAGGAUCAUAGUGCCAGUCAUUAUCAGCAAAACCGAGACCAUAGCCUAACGCUCAACAUGUCAACUCAAAGAGUAUGGUGUUAUGCGUGCGAAACGGAAGUUGUAAAAAAUAAUAAUGAUCCACCACUUCUUGUUGAUUUGGAAAGAGAAGAUGAAAAGAGCAUUAACACCAUAACUAACACUUUAAAAUAUGAUAAUUAUACUGAAAAUAAAGUAAAGAAAUUGAAAGAUUGUUUUGAAAAUAUGUCCUUGCAUGAUCGUUCUGUAACACCAAGACGAAGUCCGAAGAGGAAUAUUAUUUCAACAGACUAUUCCGAUAGCGAUGACGAUAGCGAUGGAGGAGCUAGAGGCUUAACCGGUUUGAAAAAUAUAGGAAAUACUUGUUACUUUAAUGCUGCCGUGCAGUGUCUUUCAAACUGCGAACCUCUCAAAAGAUUCUUUCUCGAUUGCCAAGGUUUUGUACGAACGGAUCGAAAACCAUAUUUAUGUAAAUACUAUCAUAAGCUCAUGCUAGAAAUGUGGAGCAAGAAAAGAUCACCAUACGCCACACCAAAUCAAGUUGUAAAUGCCAUAAAAAUUGUUCACCCUAUGUUUAAAGGUUUUAUGCAACAAGAUGCUCAAGAAUUUCUAAGAUGCUUCAUGGACGAAAUGCACGAAGAACUUAAACAAACAGUUGAAACUGACAUACCCGAGAUAGGUGAAGGCGAUAAAGUCAAAGUAGAUUCACAAAUGGAAUCAAAAUCAAAACCAGAAAAUACCGAUGAUGACGGAGAUAAUAAUAAAAAACCAUCACCAAAAUUAGCUAAUAUACCGGAUGACAAAAAAUUGGAAAUGUCCGGUGACAGUCCGAAUCGAAGCGAAAAUGAGCCGAGAAUGUAUAAACCUGGGCCGGGAGCUUGUUCGAAAGAUUAUAAAAUUAAAUAUAGAAGUAUUAUAUCAGAUUUAUUCGAAGGAAAAGUUUUGAGCUCUGUACAAUGUCUCACUUGUGAGAGAGUAUCAACGACAGUUGAAACUUUUCAAGACCUAUCUCUCCCUAUUCCGUCGAAGGAGUGCUUGCAACUCAUUCAAAGUGGUCAAGUCAAAUAUCAAAAUCCAGUAACUUCUACAGUCGGUGUCAGGGGGAGCUGCGGAGAAGUGCAGCAAUCUUGGCUAACUUGGCUUUUUUCAUUGUUUAAAUCAUGGUUCUGGGGGCCAAAUAUUCGACUGCAAGACUGCUUAGCUGCAUUCUUCUCUGCUGACGAAUUGAAGGGUGACAAUAUGUAUAGUUGUGAAAAGUGCAAAUUGUUGAGAAAUGGAGUGAAAUAUUCAAAGGUUGUAAACUUGCCAGAAAUCUUAUGCAUUCACUUGAAGAGAUUUCGCCAUGAAUUUCUCGGAUCCACUAAAAUUAAUACUUUUGUCUCAUUCCCAAUCGAAGGCUUAGAUAUGGCUCCUUACACCACUCCAGACUGUAAGAACAAGAUUAAAGAGUACGACUUAACAGGCGUAAUUGUACACCAAGGUACAGCCGGCGGAGGCCAUUAUACAGCUUACGCUUGUAACGCUCCUUCUCAAUCGUGGUACGAGUAUGACGAUCAAUCCGUAACAGAAGUAGACAUUCAAACCGUUGAGAGUGCUGAGGCUUACGUUCUUUUUUACAAGAAGAAAGAAUCGAAUGAAACUUUGAAUCUUAGGCAAGUAGCUGCUCAACUGAAUGAACAAUCGCAAUGUAGUCUUAUGAAAUUCUUUGUUUCUAAACAAUGGAUUAACAAAUUCAACACGUGUGCAGAAACAUCACCAAUCGAUAAUUCAGAUUUCCUUUGUAAGCAUGGUGCUAUACCACCAUGUAAGUGGCCAUACUUUGAAGAAUUAGUGUACGAAGUUCCUCAACCAUUAUGGGAAUUCUUGUACGAAAAAUAUGGAGGUGGACCUGCAGUUAAUCAUCUCCAUCAAUGCAAUAGUUGCUUAGAGAACACUGAAAAACUAAAAAGAAGACAAGAGGCAGAAUUUGACCAAUUUGUUCAGUUUCAUGAAAAAUUUCGUCAAGACGAUUCUCCUUGCGUAAUAUAUGCAAUCAACAUGGCAUGGUUUAGAAAAUGGGAAGCAUUUGUUAAAGGCAACCGUUCAACACCUCCUCCACCUAUUGACAAUACGGCCAUAGCUAACGGCAGAAACGUUCGACCACGUUCAGACAGAGGUCAACUUUCGGCGGAAACAUGGAAGUUUCUAGUAGAUAUAUAUGGUGGUGGACCCGAACUCUUACUCAAAAGUCCAGACGUAUCGCAAAAUGAAUGUAAAGUUCACAAGGAGGAUGCAAAUUCACACAAUUAG